UCCUCACAAUCGUCAUCUCUGGCAACUGAGUACGACAAUGAGGAGCAGGUCAGUCAGCAGGUAUAGCGGUGGGUUUUGUCUCAUCCUCACCUCAGGUAAACUUUUAGUAUCUUUCUGUCCGUGGGGUGAAUACGAUCUCCCGUGAAUACCGUCCGUGUCUUACGGCAUGCUACGAGGCUACCUCUUCCUACGAUGAAAAAAAAAAUGUUCAUUUAAAAGUGUAAGCGGAAGAUUUAUUACUAUCUACAAAACAGUGCGCAUACAUGCUGGAUAAGUGAUUUUGAGGACUACUACAAAAAGCAAACAGCCACUGCGCGAUUACUGGAGAGUGAUCCUUACUGAAAAUAUUCCAGAAGACGAUGUAGAGAUGAAAUGAAAUUUUGUUAUUGAAAAUGCAGCAAGAUAUCUGCUUCAACUGCUAUGGAGGUGAUGCCGUGGAACUGUCAUUACUGAUAUCACGUUUCUUGGAUGAUAACCACUAGACAGAAGCAGAUUCAUACGUAAUUCUCAACCAAAUCAUUGAAACAUGACAUUAACGUAUUGUUUUUGCUCACUUUUUUUCACUAGGACGUAAGUUUUCAGAAAACUGCAAAAGAAAAUCACAUUCACAUUUAUGCAUGACUAUGCAUGAUGUGACCCUAGAACAUAAUUUUCAGAAAACGGCAAUAAAAAAAAGGUAUUACAUUAAAAAGAGUUAAGAAAAAUCUGGACUGCGUUAUAUAUGAUUAUGCAAGAUGACCUUUAAUACUAUUUAUGUUCUUGAGUCUUUCAAGAUGUUCAUAAGGAUCUUUUCAUGAGUGACAAACAUACUUAUAAACUUAUUUAACAACCUAUAAUCCUCUAAGACUCAGAACAUAAACAAGUGAUCAGUGUCAUUUAAACAGCCUGUGAAGAGUUCAAGGGAAUCUUGAAAAAAUCUUUUGCGAGUCCUUCGCCACCAUGAUGAAUAACCUCACAGCUCAAAUGCGCAUGCGCCUGCGGGUGCUGUGCUCCUGCAUGGCGCUCAUCCUGGUAGGAUACGCUGGCGUCACACACCUGAUGGUGCAACAUGCUUUCUCGAGGGAUCGACGUGACCAGGAGAGAAAAUUGUCCGCUCAAAGGCAGGAUGCGACGCCCCAUGGCUCCGAGUACAUUGCUCAGCACCUCAGCGAACAGAUCCUUUUCUUCAACCGAGUGCCGAAGACAGGAAGCGAGAUGCUUGUGCUCCUCCUUCAAUGGCUCCAGGGAGAAAACACUUUCCGACACAUUAGGCUCAGGAACACUGUCAACAGGUUUCUGAGCUUUGAUGAACAGCUCGAGCUGGCAGCUGACAUCGGUCAGAAGCUCCACGACACGACGGAACAUCUGGUCAGCUUCGAUCGGCACGUCUAUUUUACAAAUUUCACCAACCUGGGUCUUAAAAUGCCAAUUUAUCUUAAUAUCAUCCGGGAUCCUCUUGAGAAGAUGGAGUCGAGGUUUUAUUACGCUCGCGUGACUCCACGCCCGGGGCUGAACACUCCGCCCGGAUAUAGGAGGUCUAAACCGCCCAAAUACGCAACCCUGGAAGAAUGCAUCUUGGAUCAUGGGUCAGAGUGUGCCUUCAUCACAGGUCACCAUUAUGACCUCAGUAUACCUUAUUUUUGUGGUCACCACGAAUACUGCAGAGAACUCAACAACGAAGCUGCCCUACGCACGGCAAAGCUGCAUGUGGAGGAGUGGUAUCCUGUGGUGGGAGUCCUGGAGGAUAUCAACGCCACCUUGACAGUCCUCGAACACAAACUACCCAGAUUCUUCAGAGGUGUCACUGAUCUCUACUACAACGAUCUCUUGGCACCUCACCACAACAAGAACAGAUAUCGACCUCGUACAUCCAAAUACGUGGAGGAUCUGCUGAGAAGGAACCUCACAGACGAGUACGAUUUCUACAACUUUGUCAGACAGAGACUCAACCUCCAGUACCGCCAAGUGAAUGGAACCUGACGAGGUCUUCGAAGGCCAGCGGCUCGAGUUUCAUUGCCAAUGAUAUAAUUACGAUUAAGAAACACUAUAUCAGCCACAGGAACAACUGAUAGAAAAGUACUUCGUACUUUUUCAACUCAUGAGGCGAGUGCGUCCUGCGCGCUCUGCUCUCAGAAUGCUCCUUUGUCUUCAAAGAAAAUGUGUUAUAUCUUGCCAAUGUUAUUAGUCAAGUAUAUGAUUCUGUGGUUGGUAUAGAUGUUAUUUCAUCCUGUUUUUUUGUUGAAGGACGUUAGAUGUAAUGCCAUAUGUUACUGCAUCAUGUAUACAUAUCCAUUUUCUUUACCUCGUCGUGAAUUCUGUCCGACAAUGACUCCAGAAUAAAUGAUA